CAUGCACUCGCGAGCAACUGGCGAUGCUCCCUCUGAUUCACACGCGUCUCAGGACGCGUCGGGCAUGUCACUGCACCUGCAACUGGGCACAGACGGUGGCGGGAGACUAGGCAAACGAACAGCACCGCCACGAAAGAGCCAAAUUCAUUCAACUUAAUCGGUCUGUAGAACUUUGCCAAUACUUAUCGGUUUCUCUCCUUCCAAGUCUAGGCAACAAUGCCUGUUGGGGCCUCCCGUGCAACUGCUGCGGGCACUGGCCCCCCCGAGCCGUCUCUGCCACCCAACUACACCGAACUCAGGGUCAUCCAUGAUGAAGAGGUGUCUCCAGGGAGUUUUGUCAAUGUUAUAGGUGUGGUGCAAGACUGUCGUCUCCCCAUCCCCACCAGCGGCAAAGACUACAAAUCCACCCUCACGCUGUACGACCUCUCUAUUCAAGACGAAGGCUAUGGCAUUAAUCUUGUCAUAUUUCGUCCAGAGGCCGACAUGCGGCAAGUCACAGCCGGUGAUGUUGUGGCCAUAAACACCGCCAAGGUGCAAAGGUUCCAGGGCACCUUGUCCCUCAUCACAAAUCACAAAACAGCAAUUCGCGUCUACACGGCCUCCAAGAUCCCAGAGCCGCCAGAAUCAGCAAGGACCGCCCUGGCCCCCGGUCCAAAACGAGACUCCCGUCCGCCCAGCGUUGAAGAGGAGGCGUAUGUCUCGCACAUCUACCACAAGAUUGACAAAUACUCCCUCCCGGACGAGCACGAGUUCCAGGCAAAAGCUGUACAGUCCCUGAAUCUUAAAAGGAAAUUUAGCCUCCUCGAGGACGUGAAAGAAGGCCACUUCUACGACUUGGUUGCCCACGUUGCCAGGGACCCGCACUACGGUGACUACACUCUCGGUUUGGCGACUCUCUACAUCUCGGACUACACUGAGAACCCAAACUUUCACCCACAGGUUUGGCAGGACUCGACAGAAUUGGCACCAGUGGGCGGAGAUCCGUACGGCUACAACUCUGGAAGUGUCGACAUGCCCACGAAAGACUGGGUUGGGCCGUACGGGAAAAGGACCAUCCAGCUCACCUGUUUCGAGCCACACGCCACCUACGUUCGAGAUGAAGUCAGGGCUGGCCAGUGGGUAGCGCUCCGCAAUGUCCAUAUCAAGUACGGCCGCGACGGCCGAUUUCUUGAAGGCUUCAUGCAUGGGGAGCAGAAUAUCUCUAACUCGAGAAUCAACGUGCAGAUCCUCGAAAAAGGCGACAUUGAGGAAAAUCCGAAUUUCAAGGAGGCCAUUCGUCGAUUCCGCGACUACGACAAGAAGAGAAAGAAAGAGAUCAAAGAGAUUAAAGCUGCCCAGGCUGCAGGCUUGAAGCGCAAGGCCGCCGUCUCCUCCGAGCAAGGGAAAAGUUACCUCAAUUCAAAGGAGCGCCGCAAGCGCAAGAGGGAAGAAAUUCAGAAGAAGGAGAAGGAGAAUCUCGCCAACCAAGAGCUGUGCCUCGGCCUCAGCGACAAUAUCACCUGCGAAGCCCACAACGCCCCGUAUUCUACCAUCGCCUCCAUGCUCAAUCCACUUGUUCACCAGGCAACCAUCAACAACCAGACCGCCGCCAUCGUCAUGCCCUUCACCUGUGCCAAGUACCGAGCCCAGGUCCGCGUCGUCGACUUCUUCCCCCCAUCUCUCGAGGACUUCGCCUGUAGCCGAAAAUCAACCCUGCUCGACGCGCUCUCGGACAAUGAGGACGGCAGCGAGUGUCGCUCAUCCUCCGAGGACGAGGACUCCCCCGGCGGGACCGACCGUGUCUGGGAAUGGCGCUUCGCCCUCCAACUCGAGGACCCGGCUCCGCCUCCUCCAGCAGACACCGACAGGAACAAGAAUAAUAACACCACUACCCCACGACCGCGUGUCUGGGUCUUCGUCGACAACGCCGAGGCACAAUGCCUGACGAGCCUUGACGCUGCCGACCUCCGGCGUAAUCCCGAGCUGCUCGUUCAGCUCCGCGAGCGCAUGUUUAAACUGUGGGGGAACCUGGAAGAGCACAAAGCCCGGGCUGCCGGGCAACAACAGAAACAGGCUGCCAAGCAGGGUGGCGCACGGCCAGGAGGCAAGAAACCCAACCCCCUGCUCAAUAUGCCGCCCCUGAAUCAAAGUUCUCCCGCGGAAGCCGAGGGUGGUGGUCGGGAUGCUGUGAAAGAGGAGCCCAUCUCGAAUAAGCCGUUUGCAUGCUGUAUCAAGCAGUAUGGUAUAUACGAAAAGGAGGAGCCGGGGAAGGCGGGCAGGUGGGUUCGUUGUUUCGGGCUGUUUGGGACAAAGAUAAACAUUUGACCGCCUAUGAUCAUGAAUCACGAGUUAUACUAGUGUUCCAGUGGUGUUUAUGUGUAUGGGGUUUCUGGCACUCCUGGAGUUUUGGGAUGAACAUAAGACGUGUCUUUUGCAUUUGCACGGGCCAUCGUCAGGAGUUUUUGAGUUAAUUUGAUACACAAUGCCAGGGAGAAUAUGCAUACAUGACAACCCAGCUUUUACGGGUUGUUCAAUGAUUCAGGGCACUUUCAUGGCAUGCAUAUCGCAUGAUUACAACCAUAUCAACAAAGCCGGUGUUACUAGCAGCAUCAUGCCAAUCUCCUCUGUAAAAGAAUUC